AUGACUGAUUCACCCAACAUGGGCAGCACGCCGUCUCAGCCUCCGUACGAAACUCCAGCUUCGGUGCAGAUGCUCGCAUAUCAGACUUUCCAGCCACAGCUACCUCUCCACUCUCUCGAUUAUAUGGGCUUCUUUUCAGACCCAGGACCGUACUCACAGCAAUAUGACUCCCACAGCAGCAUGGAUAUUCUGUCCGGUUUCGACUGGGUGUUCAAUGACAGUAUCGACGACAUUCUGCCUGCUGCGGAUGCAAUUACAACCUCGACAGUCCCAGUCGCUCUGGGGCCAGUGACGGUCACAUCCAGUCGCCCACCUCUAAUUCAAGAGCGCUCCCUUGGAGGCAGAACCCCUUGUACUCCGGACGAGCAAGAGACCACAGGUCCCGCCGUACCAGAAGACAGAUGGCCCAUGGAAUGGUGUGCCGCGCCAGUUCAGUUGACCUCACUCCCGGUUCUAGGUAAAUUUGAGCAAUUCUUCAUGUACUCGCGUCAUUUUGAUGUACCACCCAUAAAUGAGAACAUCAGAGAUGGCAUCAUGAAAUCAAUACGACAAUCUGCGCAGAAAAGCCCUUGGGAACCCAUCUCAUUGGCAGAUUUUCCUUCUGGGACGACACUCGAUUGCUUCGUUGAUUUAUAUUUCGCCCACUUUCACAAGAGCACACCGAUCAUCCACCGCCCUACCUUUGACCCAGGCAAGGAUCAUUUUCUGACACUGGCUAUUGCCUCCAUCGGCGCCUGUUACUCAGGUCUGCAGAACGCAAUGUCAUUCUCUAAUGCACUUGCCGAGGUUACCAGACGGCUUUUGGUGUUUAUGGCUGAAUAUGACCCUCGAUUCGUACGAACGGGUGAAUUCCUCGCAGCGGAGCUGUUGGUAUCCCUGCAUGGCUUCUCUGGGGGUAGUAAGCGUCUCUAUGAACUCAGUGAAAGCAAUCGUGGCACUCUCCUCAAUCAUGCACGCAAUACUGGGAUCUUUGAUCACCGGUUUAGGAGCUAUACACCUGCGGGUACACUUCAACAGCGAUGGGAAGCAUGGAUCUUUGUGGAAAAGAUGCGCAGGUUGGCUUGGGCCAUAUUUCUCCAUGAUACUUCCAGCACAUACUGCAGAGGCACCCGGCCAUACAUUUCCUUGAUGGAGAUCAGAGCUAUGGAUAUGCCAGCCUCGUUUCAGCACUGGGAAGCUGAAUCUCCAGAGGCAUGGGCAGCGCUCCACCCGUGGUCCAGAUCAGCUCCGCCCAGCAUCAAAUAUAGCGUGGCUCUCGAAGGCCUUUUGAAAGACGGACAAGACUCGGAAAACGGCAUCUUUGACGAUUACCAGAAACACAUCCUCCUUGCCACUGCUGUCCGACUCAUGUGGGAUACAAUGGAACUCGAAUUUUCGGCGGGCGGUGGCAUCCUCACUGACCCAGAAGGCUUAACUGCUCGGAGAAAGGCUCUUCAUGCUGCGAUCCGCACAUUCGCCUUGCCUUUGGAACCGCGGCCUGGGGUAUCACGCGAGACAGGCUUCGAUGCGGUGGUACAACAAUCAUGUCUUGCUCACCUUGCACUCAUCAUGGACGCAGAUGAUCUGAUCAACUACACCCACCUUGUGUGGAGAGGGCAACCAACAUCAGGUCCGGCUCGGAAAGUGAUUCUGGAGUGGGCGGCAUGGAAUGGGAAGAAGGUUCGUCAGGUAGCCCGUACCACUGCAUUCGUGUGGAAUGCUACCAGACGCUAUCCCUUCAACCAUCACUUGGAGUCCUACCAUUCCUUCCAUAGCGGCUUCCUGGUGUGGAGCUGUAUCCCUCUUCUACAAGCAUUAGAAGCCGACCAAGCAUCAGAACCUGGACCCAACGCCCAGUAUCGACAGCACCAGGAUCAGCCUGAGGUAUGCCAGUUGGACUGGCUGGGCUCGGAUGAUUCUCCAGAGGGUCAAAGAGUUGCGCAAUGGGUCGAGACCGGGGAGCCCUGCAUCUUGCGCAUGCAUGGAAUCCCCGAUCUCCUCUCCGGACAAGGGUCGCGGCAGAUUUUGCAGCAGACCGCUGACAAUCUUGAGCGCAUGCCUGUGUGGGGAAUAUCUCAAGUCUUCCGCAACGCUGUGCUCCGUGCAUUACAUGCGAAUGAACAGUAA